UCUUUCUUUAAAAAUGUAAACAAACAAGGCUGGUUUGUGCGUGUAUUUUUUUCGCUAUAUGGACAAAUUCAUAAAACAGUUGCUCUAAAAAUAUUAUUUGAUUUUUAUUAAAUUUGGUAAACGAUGGAAUGUCAAAAUAAUUCGCAUCCUGACUGUAAUGUUAAUGAAAAUUUCCCUAACGAAAAGAGUUUAUCGAAACGUCAGCUUAAAAAACUUGAAAAACGCAAAAAGUGGUUAGAAAAUAAACCUUUGCGUAAAGCCAAAGAAAAACUUAAACGUAAGCUAAAAAUACAAAAAGCUAGAGAACAUGGAAAAAACUUUGGCCCAAGUCGGAAAGUUUUAAAAUCCAAUAAAAUGUCUGAUUCUACCUGCAAACUAAAAGUAUGUUUUGAUUUAUCUUUAGCUGAUGCUAUGACAGAAGAAGAGUUCUCUAAAACGUUUAAACAGCUGCAUAGAUGUUACUCUAUCAAUAGAAGAGCAUCAGCUCCCUUACAAAUUUACAUUACUGGUUACACAAACUCAACAAAAGAAUGGAUUGAAAAAAAAUUUAAUUGUUUCAAUUGGGAUGUGAACUUUGACCCAAAACAGCAUCAUGAGGUAUUUGAAAAAGAAAGCAUAGUUUAUUUAACAAGUGACUCUCCUAAUGUUAUUGAUGAACUAGAUCACGAUAAAUGUUACAUUAUAGGAGCUCUCGUGGAUCAUAAUCGUUUAAAAAAUAUAUGCUAUGAAAAAGCUGUGAAAGAUGGUGUUGGCCACGCUCAACUACCUUUGGAUUUGUAUUUUAAAUUUAAAACUAGAAAAGUGCUUACUAUUGAUCAAGUGUAUAGCUUACUAUUAAGACUCACGGAAGGUAAGACUUGGACGGAAGCAGGACUUGAAAUAUUUCCUAAACGUAAAGGAGUAGAAGCUAUAAAUGCUUCCGAAGAAAGUUCUUCUCAAACAACUCUGAAAGAAAGUGAUGAUCCUGAUGGUAUAGAAGUGAAAAAAGUUAUUACAAAUUUAGUUGAAACUACAAAUGAAUCGAAAGAAAUUUCUUCUAUGACAAUGAUAGAAAGUGAAGAUCCUGAUAAUGCUAAAGUAAAAAAAGUUACUGAGAACUCAGUUUGAAUAAAUAUUUGGUUUGAUAAUGAUUUCUAUUAUUAUUUCUUGUUCGAUAAUUUUCAUACUUAUAUUUGGACGAGUUUCGUGAUAAGAAGCUAACGGAUGGGGACCAAUUUGAAAUGCAAAUAAUUGCUUGAUUACAUACAUUUUGAACAAUCCAGCUCAUAGUUAACAUGCAAUGCCUUAAUUCUUUAUUUAAAAAUAAUUCUGUCAUCUAUAUUUCAAUUCUGAUAAAAAUAAAUUAGAGAAGAUUAGAUCUUAAAAAAUAAUAAGGAUUAAUUUGUGAUUAGAAUUCAAAUCAGUAGCUUAAAAAACAUUCUUACUGGAUUAUUUUUCUUCGUCAUUCUGCUUAAUUGAUCAUAUUCUAAUUUUUCUAGUGCCUAUUUGAUGUGAAUUUUAAUUUUGUUGAAAAAAUACUCUUAGUAGAGCCUAAACGAAUUAUUUUGCAUUAUAAAUAUAAGUUUGUUGACAGAA